UACGUCGCUGCGUCAGGCUGUGUUGAUGUUUUGUGGACUGGAGAACGGGAAGAGGACCGCGUUCUGUUUUUGUUCAAUAAACCGUCGAAAAGGAUCCGCUCGGUGGUCCCGUCGUCCGUUCCGGGUCGUUAGGAGCGUUAGGUCGGUGAUCAGAGGCGGACGGCCGGGCCCGAGCCCGAACACACCGAACCAUUUGAUCCAGAAAGGGAGGACUCGUCACCCUCUGACCCCCUCCCUGCUCCACCAUGACGAUUCUCCCGAAGAAGAAACCCAGCUCCGGGGUCGGAGUCUCGGACCACGCCGAUGACAGCGACCGCCGGAGCGGCUCCGACCCGCACCAGCACCCGCAUCCGCACCCGCACGCAGGGCGGGCCGGAGCCCGACCGAGGGCUUCCCCUCCGCCGUGGUCCUACCAGCCCGCUCCGCCCUCCGCGAGGGACGACCGGCGGAGCAUCGAGGCGAGCUCCCGGCCGCAGCAGGCCUCUCCGCCGCCCGUCGGCUCCGUGUCCCCGGUGGGACCGGGCGACGGGCGGGACAGCAGCGGCGGGAUGGUGGCCGGGUCCCGCGGGGAGCUCGUCGUGUCGGCCGGCGUCGUCGGUUGCGGCGGAGGCAUCGGCAGCUGCUGCUCCGGGCCCGGGCUCAGCAAGAGGCGGCGGCAGGCAGGCACCUGCUCCGGCGGAGUGGUGGCGGCUCUGGCCGGCGGAGGCCAGCCCGGGGUGACCGGACCGGGAGGAGUGGGCUCCAGCCAGGACACGGAGGAAGGAGCCGGGAACAACAGCGAGGACGAGUACGAGAACGCCGCCCGGCUGCAGUCCAUGGACCCGGCUACCGUGGAGCAGCAGGAGCACUGGUUCGAAAAAGCUCUGCGGGAAAAGAAAGGCUUCGUAAUCAAGAAGAUGAAAGAGGACGGAGCCUGUUUGUUCAGAGCCGUGGCCGAUCAGGUGUACGGGGAUCAGGAUAUGCAUGAAGUGGUCAGGAAGCACUGUAUGGACUACCUGAUGAAGAACGCCGACUAUUUCUCCAACUACGUGACAGAGGACUUCACCACAUACAUCAACAGGAAGAGGAAAAACAAUUGCCACGGCAACCACAUCGAGAUGCAGGCCAUGGCCGAGAUGUACAACAGACCGGUGGAGGUGUACCAGUACAGCACAGAACCAAUCAACACGUUCCACGGCAUCCACCAGAACAACGACGAGCCAAUCAGAGUGAGCUACCACCGCAACAUCCACUACAACUCUGUGGUGAACCCCAACAAGGCCACGAUCGGGGUCGGACUGGGACUGCCCGCCUUCAAACCAGGGUACGCAGAGCAGUCUCUGAUGAAGUCAGCCAUCAAGACGUCGGAGGAGUCGUGGAUCGAGCAGCAGAUGUUGGAGGACAAGAAGAGAGCGACGGACUGGGAGGCCACCAACGAGGCCAUCGAGGAGCAGGUGGCCCGGGAGUCUUACCUGCAGUGGCUGCAGGACCAGGAGAAACAAGCGCGACAGCCCCGUAAGGCCAGCGCCACCUGCAGUUCAGCGACGGCAGCGGCUUCCAGCGGACUGGACGACUGGAGCGCCCGGUCGCCACGGCAACGUGACUCCGACCCCUCCCACUCAGACCUCACGACCGCCCCAUCGACCAACAACAAGCCCCCCUCCCCGGCCGGAGCCGCCCUGAUCCUGAGCAAACCCCCCUCCCCCUGCGCACCAGGUCCCAGUAAUCAGAGUCGUCAUCAUUUGGAGUACAGAGCCAUCAUGCAGGAGAUGUCACCUACAGCGUUUGGUCUGACGGACUGGGAGGACGAUGAGAUUCUGGCGUCGGUGCUGGCUGUCUCUCAGCAGGAGUACCUGGACAGCAUGAAACACCAGAGCGCCGCCGCCAUGCAUCGAGAGCGAGAGCCGUCACCCGACAGCAGCUGAUAGCCGGCCGACACACACAAACACAACGAUGACCUUUGGCCCCCUCCUCCCGCCCCUCCACCCUCCUGAACCCCCUCCUCGCCUCUGACCCGCAGAAGGAGACCGACCAGGGAAAAAAUAAAACAUCAAUCAAAGAAAUGCACACUUGUUUUUUUCUCCAGACGUUUGAACUCAUCCGCUCAUCGCUCUCUCUCCAUCCUGUCGUCUCCUUCCUUCCUUCCCUGUUUCCUUCCCUCCUUUCCUCUCCGUCUCGUUUCCUUCCAGCCAAUAACGAUCCAGCCCCCCCCCCCCGCUCUCAUUCUCUGGUUUCCACUCAUUUAAACAUCGGGCAAAAGUUCAUCGUCAGUUUAGAUUUUAAUAUUUUAUUUAAGAUGUUCAUUCUGUUUGUAGCAGGGUAUUAGCUCUGCGGCUAGCAGGGCCAUUGGUUUCAAUGAGGAAUGCUAAUCAGAACAGUGUCAGUAACCUGUGGGCUACGUUAGCAUGCUCUUUAGCGAGCAAGCUAUCACCUGAAGUCUUACUCUGUUUUAAAGCUAGUUCCUGCUCACACGCUAACAUUUUAAUCUUCUCGCAGCUCCUGAGAAAACUGUCCCGUGCUAACUGGAACUGAACCAGACGAUUAGCCUAAAAGUAUAAAUCAGUGUCCUGUAGGCUACGUUAGCAUGCUCUUUAAACUAGUUCCUGCUAACUCUGCUAACAGGCCACAGUGCUGUUAGCUUAGCUGUGGCUCCUCCCACUGGCAGCCAGCGAGUAAUGCUAAUCAUUGAAAGAGACUAGCAGUCUGUGGCGUGUAGGCUACGUUAGCAUGCUCUUUAGAGAGCAAGCUAUCACCUGAAGCCUUAUUAUGUAUCAAUGCUAUCUCUCGCUUCUUAGCUAACACCGCUAACCAGCUGCGUUACAGUUAGCUUAGCGGCCGAUAGCAAAAUCAUGUCUCACAAUUACGUUCCAACAAAAUCAGCUGGUCUGUAACUCCUCCUCCUCUCUUUCUCCUUUUGGUCUUCCUCCUCCUCCUCCUCCUCCUCCUCCUCACCUCCUCCAUCACCGUCAUCUUCAUCAUCAUCAUCAUCAUCAUUGGACUUAUUUAGCUGCAUGUUUAAUUGACCACGACCAAUAUCAUCAUAGAGAAAAAGCGACAAAUAAAAAAGGAGAGAAAAAAAAUUGAGAAUUGUCAUACUUAUCCUCUUAAUGAUUGAUUAUUGUUGUUAUUAUUAAUAUUAUACGUUUGUUUUAUUUUAUUUUCUUGUUUGGGAUGAAAAGAUCUUUUUUUUCUUGGAAUAAAAAGAGGAAAAUGUUUCUGAAAAAACAACAAA